GCACUCAGUGAAUUCGCCUGACCAUGCAAAACGAGCCGAGUGAAUUUGUAGAGCCAUCUAUGGCCGCAACACCCAUGGACACUGUCGACUCCAUGCGGAGUACACCGUCCGCUGAGCCGCGUCGUGCCAAACCGGGCAUACUCCGCCUGGAUAUCAGUAAGCCCCGACGUUCAUCAGGUGGUUCCGUCGAUUUUCGUUGCGUGAGUGGUGCUGGCGCUGGUGGAGGCGGUGGUAUUGGCGGUGGCAUUGGCAGUGGCGGGCCUGGUAGCAGCAGCUCAAAUGUCACGGGCGCCAACAGUGAGAACAACUCGGGCGUUACCUCUCCCCAUCAAUUAUCCGUGACGUGGGCACCACCAUGCGAUUUGGAUAAAGGCGGCUGGCAAAUGCAGAACAGCGCCGACGAGCGCAGAGAGUAUUAUAGAGGACAAAAAGGCAGACGAACUGCUUCACAGGACGAUAACAAAUCGUAUGAACUAAACGAUUUGCACACACAAAACCAAAACAGCGACGCCGAAAGUGGCGCCUACAACAACCAAAACCAGCAGCAGCAGCAGCAGGAGCCACAUCAGGAAUUCCCAUACCAGCAGCAGCAAAAUGACGCCGUUGAUGUUGAUGAUGAGGAGGACUACUCAAUUUCCGUAUCGGCGAUAAUGCAAAGACGUGCCAGUGUGCGUGGCUAUCGAGGCAAACGUGGCAGCCGCAAUUCGCGACGAGCAUCCAGUCCCAUGGAUCACAUGCUGGAUAGUGUGGAGCGGCGACGCUCCAGUGUUUAUACAACAAGCUCAGAGGAGGGCACCAAUCAGGAGUCCACACAGGAGCAAAUCUUUGAGAAUAUACGCCUACACAAAGAGGUCAUACAGUCGGUCAAAUUACAGCCAUGGCCCAUACGCAAGAAACUCAAGCUGGUGCGGCAGGCGAAAACGUAUGUGGCACGCCACGAGGGAGCGCUGCAGGAGCGAUUCGCCAUGUCACGCAGCACGAGAGAUUUGUGGGCGAGGUUUAAAAUUUUAAUGGCAGCGCGUUGGCGGCAUUGGAAACGAGAAACUGCUAGUUUUCUCACCGUGCUCAUACCCUGGGAGCUGCGCAUCAAGGAAAUCGAAUCGCAUUUUGGCUCCGGCGUCGCAUCCUACUUUACAUUCCUGCGCUGGCUCAUGUGGGUGAACAUUAUGAUUGCCAUACCACUCGUUGCCUUUGUCAUUGGACCGGAGUACUUUGCCACCAAGCACGAUGAAACGGAUCCGCGCAAACGCAUGUCCGACCCGGAAUACAAAGUGGCCGGUAAUCUUUUUACAUUCUGGGAAUUCGAGGGCUACUUGAAAUAUUCGCCGAUGUUCUACGGUUACUAUUCAAGCACUUCCGGCAUCAGCACAUCCGGCUAUAAGCUGCCUUUAGCUUAUUUUCUGACCGCCGUCCUGGUCUACAUCUACAGCUUUGUGGCCACGUUAAGAAAAAUGGCUGAGAAUUCGCGCAAUUCGAAACUUUCGUCAAAGGAUGAUGAGUGCGUCUUCUCUUGGAAGCUAUUCACUGGCUGGGACUUUAUGAUUGGGCAUGCGGAGACGGCACAUAAUCGCAUUGCAUCCGUUGUGGUUGGGUUUAAGGAGGCUCUGCUCGAGGAAGCCGAAAAGAAAAAGGAUAAUCGCAACUGGCGCGUUAUCCUGCAACGGAUAUUGGUGAACAUUUUGGUCAUGGGCUUACUUGGAUUGUCAGGCGCCACAGUAGUGCUGCUGGUGAAUCACUCCGAGGAUUUGGCCAAGCACGACAAUUGGCUUAGUCGCAAUGCGGUAAACGUGACCAUGACGCUGCUCUCGUUCUUUCUGCCCAUGAUUUUUGAGGCUUUGGGCUUAUUCGAGAACUGGCAUCCCAGGCAACAGUUGCGACUGCAGUUAGCACGCAUCAUGAUUCUGAAUAUGUUGAAUCUGUAUUCGCUCAUGUUCUCCUUCAUCUACAAGAUUAACAGCAAGGAGAAACCGCUGCAGAUGCUGAAGCUGGAGAACGAAACUAAUACACUGGAGAUGCACAAUCUGAUGAGCUCCAUUGAGACGUUGCGUGCGAUGACAACCACAACGACACUCUACAAUAGCGACAGCACCUCAGAUGGGCUCCUCGAUGAACUAACAACGAGUUUGCCCCUACGCAGCGAUAUCUCUAGUCCCACAGAGUUCAUAGUGAAGUGCUAUAAUAUUACCGUGAAAUGCUCAAAACCGCGACGUAUAUCCAUGAGCCCCAAGAAUAUAGCAACCACACUGAUGUUACUCAACUUGACAACGACAACAGUGCUGCCAAUAACCGAGCCAAUAACAACAACGCCUAGCACCACCGAAGCAACAACAACCACCUGGUCUACUUUACCGCCAACAACAACGACAGCAUCGACAACGACAGCAGCGACAACGACAGCAGCGACAACGACUACAACUACAACACCUUGGACUACAACCACUGAAGCGACAACAACGACAAGCACAACCACUACAACGCCACCAACAACCUUAUCCACAACAAUAGAAACUACCACAAAAACAACAACAACCACAGAAACUCCCUUUACCACCGAUGAGGAGUCUGCUUAUGAUUAUGGCAGCGAUGAGCCACAAUUGGAUUCCUCAACCACGACCACAACAGCGGCGCCAGGCAACGACAGCUAUUUCAACUAUGUGGAUUACUUUGAGGGCGCAGAACUAUCUGAUGAUGAUGAUGACAAGCAGGCAACCACACAGGAAUCGGAUGAUCCACUUGCUCAAGUGUUGGCGCAACUGGAUGAGCAGCCACCAAAAGCGCGCAGAAAAAGAGCAGCGGCUUUGCAGCAGCAACCAAUUUUCAACACUAGCAAAUAUAGUCGGCGACAUCGCAACGAUACAAGACUCACCACAGAGGCGGCAGCACCAGUCAACAAGUCACCAAACAGACCCAUAUAUAACCCACCCAAUAGAAUUCUAACCAAAGAGGAAUGGACUCGACUGCUGGCUGAGCGUGGCGUACGCAAUAAAACAAUCAUAAGCACAACCACCACAGAGGAGCCAACCACUAUUAUCACAGAAGAGCCAACCACAUCCACAACUUCAACCAGAGCAACAACCACAGAAGACCCCACAAUAACAACGGACACAUACAGCAGCGAAUCAAGCAGCCCCGACAGCAGCACCAGCAUCUCCACCACCACCGAAGAAUAUGAAUACACAGAUCAGAAUGGGGCCACCGUCACGCCCUAUUUUAUAGGAUUCAAUGAUAUCGCGGAAAUUGGUAGCACUGUUUACUACGACCUCGACAAUUUGGGCUUAUGUCAGAUGACCGUGUGUCCGAAGGAGGGCGAAGACAUCUUUGGCAGCACCACACCAGACGGGCUCGAGUCCACACUGAGUGGUGACGGCAAACAGCCAACGACAGCGAUGAAAACACCGCUGGAGCGUAAAAUGAUGCGCCUCAAGGAGGUGCAGCUGACACUGAAGCAAAUCCAAAUGAAUCUAACGACUAUGUGCUGGGAAACAUCCCUUGGCCAAGAGUUGUCAAAGGUUAUCGUCUUUGAUGGGCUGAUGUCUAUUGUGGCGCCGCUGUGCAUCGACUUUCUGCGAGCGCUAUUUGUGCGUUAUGUCAACCAAAACUGGUGUUGGGACAUGGAGAAAACGUUUCCACAGUAUGGCGACUUUAAGAUAGCCGAGAACAUCCUGACGUUGAUUAAUAACCAGGGCCAAGUGUGGAUGGGAAUUUUCUUUUCGCCAGGCCUGGUGCUCAUCAACCUGGUCAAAUUGAUGAUUAUGAUGUACUUCAGAUCGUGGAUAGUCCUCACAUGCAAUGUGCCCCACGAGGUCGUCUUCAAAGCCUCGAAGUCAAACAAUUUUUAUCUAUCAUUGCUGCUGACCAUGCUGUUCCUUUGUGUGCUGCCCGUGGGUUAUGCGAUUGUCUGGCUAAGACCUUCGUGGCACUGUGGACCAUUCUCUGAAUACAAUCGGAUUGCCGAAUUUAUAACGCACACCACAAGGAACGCCCUACCAAAGCAACUACAUGAACCUCUGGAUUAUCUGACAUCCUCCAGCACCGUGAUACCACUGCUGCUUCUACUCAUACUCAUCAUCUACUAUCUUAUUUCGCUGACGGGGGCGCUACGCGAGGCCAAUCAGGAUCUCCGCACCCAGCUGCAGAAGGAACGGGAGGAGGAGCGCAAAAAGAUUUUCAAAGUUCCCGAGGUUAAGCAGGCGGAACCAACGGCCACAACGCUGACAAAUCGCUGGCGCAAGGUGCUUGAGGCAUCCUCACCCGUUACGCCAACUCAGCAGCCAGAUUUUGACACUGAGGAGUACAAGAAUCAGGCCAGAAAAGAGCUCAUCUCACGCAUCAUGAAGAAGGCGCUGCGCAAGGGCUCGGCCACCUCGGAUGAGGACUCGAUUGUGCGUCGCGAUGAUGAUGACACGGACACUGAGCACCAGGACUCGCUGCCGCACGACGAGGAGCCCAAGGAGAGGCGCUUUGGUUUAUCACGCCUGCAGCAAAUACGGCGCACUAGGAAGCCCUCACUUGUAGACAUUGUGCAAAUUGCCAAGCAGGAGCGGGCGCGUUCCGGAUCGAUUGUGGCAGCCAAUGCAGCAAUGGGUGCUGGAGGCAGCAGUCUGGGCACUGGUGGUGGCACAAUUGGUGACCACUUUCCCAUUAAGGAGCCGCAUCCAAAAAGUCGCUUUAAAGUUGAGAAACACGAGAAAAAGAACAGGGAAAGCUUUAGGGAUAAGAAGGACAAGCACAAACAGCAACCACACAAUGACCAAACCAGCGAACAUGAUCCAGACACAAACUCUCGCAUUGUUAACGAACGACGCGCCAGUUUGCUGCGCCGUAAGCGGGAAAAGGACAGCAGGGAGCAGUCCAAACCGACAUCGCCGGAACCGGACGCACAGCCGCCAACCAUAACUGCUGCGGAGCCACAAACUCCCGAGACGAACUUUCACAUCGUUGAUGAAAAGAAGCCAGCAGAGCAUGAUGAUGAACAGGAAAGGACAUUCAAACAGUUACCGCCACUGGCAAGGGAGGGCAGCACCUUGGACAGUAUUGGCCUGGGCAAGUUCAAAUUCCGCAGGCAUCGAUCGAAGCCAAGCAUUGUGGCUGCCAAGCCAGAACCCGAUGUAUUUAGGUUCGAUGACAAGAGUCUCGAGAGGAAUAAGUCUAGUGACAUACCACAGACUCCGUCUGCCGAUCACCUCAAUAGCGAGGUGCCCAGUGGUGGAAGCGAAUCGCAUCCACUGCCCUCGCCCACUCCCAGCCAGACACUGACUCAGCGCCAGAUGAAUGCCGAAAAGUUGGCGGCACUCUCGCGCCAGGGACGAAAGAAAAUUGGCUCCCUGCUGGCUCUGGUACGUGAGGCAGUCAAUCUGAAGAAAGAAGACGUGGAGCUGGGCUCGGACGAAUCGCCGGGACCAACCACGCCCACAUAUUUGGCCUAUACACCGCCACCGCCGCCCUCUGUGCUGUCGAGCAAUUCAAGCGCCACAGCUCUAGAAAUGCCUCCCACACCGGAGCCGGAAUCGCCAACGCCGCUGCACAUUGGCAGCAGCACAUCCGCCUCAUCGACGCGUCCGGCUAUAAAGCCACCAAUGCCACCUGUUGCUGGCCACGCUUCCACGCCCACUUUGGCCACCAUGGAUGAUCUGGAAGAACUGGAUAUGCCCGGCCCCAUAAACUUCCCCAAACGCAGUGCUUCCCAACGGCGUCGCGUCACGCGAGAGGACUCCCAAAGUUCCAUUUGGUCGGAUAAUAUACCGAUAAUUACCAUCAGCACCACCGGCAGCGAUGAAUGCAUCGUGGAGCCGGAGGCGUCAGCAGUUGGCCCAGUUAAUGGACUUCCAGAGCGGAGCGAUUCACCCAGUCCCACUGUCAAUAUCAUAAAGAUCAACAUUGAGGACAGUGAUUAAUAGCAUUAAUAGUUUUGGAACCCCUCAAUAUAAACUAAUCGCCAGAUUGUCUUCUUCACUAAAGAAAUGUCUUCAGUCUAAUCGCUAUUUAGCUUGAACUUGUUAUAAAUAACUUGUUAGCAAAGCUCUAU